UGAUAAUGGCUGACCAGAUAGUGACGGCGGUGAUAUACGAUAGCCCCGAUGUCGGAUCGUUCCACUCGAUUCCGCACGCGUGACUCCGGACGUUGCGUUGAAGCGUAACUGUUGUUUAAUACUUUUCUGUUUUUGACUUUUCAUCUAUCUCUGAGAGAAGAACUCUGGUGUUACUCGCGGUCGGGAAAAAGUCCAAGUAGAUAAGCGAAGUGAAACGCGUCAGUUAGAGGGCCAUCGCGGACGAGGUCGGGAUCGCCCUCGGACUCCUCGGGAGUACGGAAACGUCCUUCUUCGGAAAGAAGAAUUUCUCCUUGAACAAAUAGGCCAGAGACACUUGGAGGGAAAUGGAGGAGAGGGCGGAGGAGGGCACGGGAAUGAUUAACGGAGCUCCUGUGCGUCAGGAAGGCAGGAAGCUGUGGCAGUACCUCGCAUCCAUUUCCGCCUGCGUGAUGUCGGUCGGCGUCGGCACCGCUCUGGCUUGGACAUCCCCCGUUCUGCCCCAGCUGUACGAGGAGAAUUCAUGGUUGGUUAUCACCAAGGAACAAGGAUCCUGGGUGAGCUCGCUUCUGGCCCUGGGCGCGAUAGCGGGUGCCGUUCCGUCCGGAAAGAUGGCCGACAUACUCGGACGGAAGAAAUCGCUUCUUUUGCUGGCGGCUCCGUUCCUCCUGUCCUGGGCGAUCAUCAUACUCGCUUCGAGGCUGUGGCUGAUCUACGUGGCCAGAUUCGUGGUCGGUAUCGCCGUAGGGGCAGCCUGUGUCGUCGUUCCGACUUAUCUCUCCGAAAUCGCGGAGACCUCGACCCGAGGCACCCUCGGCGCCAUGUUUCAACUGUUCCUCACCAUUGGGAUCCUGCUGGCCUUCAUACUCGGAUCUGUGAUGAGCUACACGGUGUUCGCCAUAGUCUGCGCCCUCAUAGAGGUCGGCUUCUUGGCUAGCUUCAUAUGGAUGCCGGAAUCGCCCGUUUGGCUGGUGAAGGAAGGGCGGAAACCGGAAGCCGUGAUGGCGAUGGCGGUCCUUCGAGGAGAUUCUUACGACCCGUCUGCGGAACUCGCGGAGGUGCAACGACAAACCGAGCAGGUGGCGUCGAGAAAGUCGACUAUAUUCGAUCUGAUACGAACCACGGCAGCCAGAAAAGCUUUGCUCGCUACGUUAGGCAGCAUGCUCUUUCAGCAAUUGUCCGGCAUAAACGCGGUGAUCUUCUAUACCGUCACCAUCUUCCAGGCAUCCGGAAGCUCGAUACCGCCGGAAGUCGCCUCUAUAAUCGUGGCAAUUGUUCAGACGGUGAUGACCGUUGUAGCAGCUCUGAUUGUGGAUCGCGCCGGAAGGAAGCCGCUACUAAUAUUCUCCUCAAGUGUCAUGAUGGCUAGCCUCGUGGCCCUCGGUUCGUAUUUCAAUAUCAAGACGAACGGAAGUGACGUUAGUAAUCUCGGCUGGCUACCUCUCACGUCCAUGACGCUAUAUAUGAUCUCCUUUUCCGUCGGAAUGGGUCCGAUACCGUGGAUGCUGAUGGGCGAACUGUUUCCCGCCGAGACCAAGGCAGUCGCUUCCGGUAUUGCCGUGAUGCUGAAUUGGUUCCUAGUAUUCUUGGUGACGAAAACCUUCCCGAUGAUGAACGAGAAGUUGGGCGCGGACAUUACUUUCUGGAUCUUUGCCACGAUUAUGGCGGCCGGCACCGCAUUUAUAUAUUUUUUCAUACUAGAAACUAAGGGAAAAACUACGCAACAAAUUCAGGACGAAUUGCAGGGCAUCCGAAGAUAAAGGCCUGAAUCACAUCGACAAAUUUUCGCAUCGAUUGUCGUGUCGAUAAAAACAUUUAUUACAAGAAAUAUAUUAUCUUGAGCGAGUAUUGCAGCAAAAAAGUUUUGCUGCAAUAAACUGCCAAAAGAUACGUAGACAAAUAACGAAAAAGUCUUUUUAAUAAUAAUAAAUAUAUUGAGAAGUGAGUGAGAAAGUUGUCGAAAAGAAAGUUAAGUUUUAUGAAUGAGAUUUAUAAUUUCUUUUUCUUUUAUCUUUUAUAUAAAUUAUCUCAUGUUUGAACAUUAUUAAUGAGUUUAUUAUUAUAUUUAUAUAUUUAUGAAUUUAUUAUUACUGAACAUAUUAAAUCUUUGUUUAGAUAAUUUUUAUUUGGGAUUUAUUAAUGUGUAUUUAUUAAUGUGCGACAAAGAUAAUCUUUAUCAGUUGUAUACAUUUGUUAAUUAUCAAUUAGACACAUGCAUUAUCAUACGAAAAAGAUAAUACUUAAGAACCAUCUUUUACUUAUUUGCCAUUAAAUAUUUCAUAAGCUUAAAUUAAUAAAUAAUUUCAUUUUGAAAUUUUCUGCAAUUAAUACUAAAUGUGCAACUAUAA